AUGGAUUAAGAUUAAUCAAUUAAAUUGGAGGACAUUCAAUAUACUAAUUUCACAGAUUAUGAUUAAAUACCUAAAAUUAUGCCAAUGAUUGAUGCAGAAUUAUCAGAACCAUAUUCUAUUUAUACAUACAGAUAUUUUCUAUAUGGUUGGCCUGAAUUAUCAAUUUUUGCAUACUAUAAAAAUGAAAUUAUUGGGGCGAUUUCUAUUAUCAAAAAUUAUAGGUAGUAAUUGGAAAAUUAGAUAAACAUCAUAAAUCAGGCAGAAAUAGAGGUUACAUAGCUAUGAUUGUAGUAGAAAAGAAAUAUAGACGUCUUAAAAUAGGCAGAAUUUUAGCAUAAAAAUUUAUUGACAAAAUUAAAGAAAAAGGUACGUGAAGAAAUCGUUCUUGAAACUGAAUAAACUAAUCAUGCUGCAUUAAGAUUGUAUGAAUCUCUUGGUUAUGCCAAAAUGAAAAGAAUGUAAACCUAUUACAUGUCAGGUAAUGACGCAUUUCGAUUGAAAUUGUUCCUUGUGGAUCCUCUACAAUCUCGUUAGAAAAGUGAAUGA